UUGCAGGUCGAAGUCUGGAUUAUAAAUGGAAUUGUGAAACAAUUAUCAAAUAUUGCUCUUAAAUGUAUUGCCAGUGUGUCAUCGAUGUGUACAGAAACCAUCACAUCGAAUAUAGUUCUGUCAUGGUUGAAGGAGGUGGUUAGAAAGAACUCGGUGUCGACAUGGGAGGCAGUGAACGACGGUCGUUGUGAAGUAUGCCUUAGUUAAUUUGCAGGUUAAAGAUGGUGUUGAUGGACAUGAUUUCGAUGCCGACGAUUGUUCUGAACGAAUCCGUGCUGUUGAUUGUUCUGAAAGAAUCCGCACAUGUUGCACAUGUAUGAGAAAUUCAUACAUCAAUCCCAUAGUAUGUCACACGUGUGGAAACACAAUCAAGCCAUUUAUUAAUGAGAACUGGGGUGCCAUUCUAGUAUCUGGCUAUGACAAGACGGAUGAACAAGGUGGUGAGGAGGGAGCGAACGUUUUUCAUGAAGACAUUGUCAAAUUUAAGGACGUCAUCACAUCAAAAGUCCUCCCAGCUAUGUGUUUGAGUGAAGAAAAUGUUAUAAUUGUUCCGGGAGAUGAUGCAAAUUCCAGACAAACCAUUGACAAUCAAAUUGAUGAAGCAUUCACUGUGCUUGAACAAAAGGAUAUUCGAACGUUGCUCUUUGUAUACUCAGGUCAUAAUAAUAUGGAACGAGGUUUUCAAAUUGACAAAAACAAGUAUUAUCCAAUAAGUACACUAAGAACGAGGCUUAACACAUUGAAGCAGUCAGUGGGCAAACUUGAAAAAGUGAUUGCAAUAGUUGACUGUUGUGAGCCGCAAUUGUUGGAUUUAGACAAGUCCAUCAAAGUGAUUCAGUUAAAUGCCACUGGUCAGACAGAAGAAGCCGAAGCGACACGUGGUCAGGGGAGCCAAUUUUUAUCGUAUAUUAUUCAGGCAUUUACAGCGAGUGCGAAUGGUGGAAAAUGUAAGCAUCCUGGGUGUGCAUGCAUUGAGCAUUUAAAACCAGGUUUUAUUACAGUCGAAGACCUGUGGAAUUAUGUCGACGAGCACCGGAAAAAUGGCAAUAUGUUUGGAAAUGGGCCAUCGAAGAAUAUGCAAGGCAUUGAUUGGAAAAAUACUAUAAUUGCAUACAAUUACGAUUUUGAAGUGCAGUUUAAGUUCACAAUUGACUGGCCCGGCAAUUCAAUUAAAGUACCAGUUUGUGUAUCGCCAAACAUGGCUACAAGUUUCUUUGCGUUAAAAGAAAUAUUAGCGGAUGAAGUAAUCAAACACGUGUACGGCUUCAAUACAAACGACUGUGGUAUAAAAUCAGAACUGGCGGAUAUCUUAAGUAUCGAAAUUGAUACAGGGCCUAAAUUGUACAAUGUUGAAGAGAUAGACAACGAGAAAAAGCUGUUAUUGGCAUGGAAUUCUAAGCGGACGCUACGAUGCACUCCUCGCCGUUUGCACAACAUCGAUACUGCCAAAGCAGUGGGUCUGUUUUUGAAAGACAGCACGAAAGUUCAUACUAAACAUUUGGAAUGUAACAUCCAGCAACCGUUUUCUCUGCACGACCUUGAAAUGUUUAUAGAUAUGUUGGAACAUAUGGAAACCAAUUCACUGGAUGAAAGUUUCAAGGAAUAUACCGAUGCUUUGGAUAUAAUUAUUCACCGCAACAAAGAGACACAGCUGCAAGACAAUGAUCUUCAAGUAUCGUUUUUUGAUCUACCGGACAAUUACACCUUCGUCUACAUGAAAUUCGUACCGAAGCUUCAAGUUUCAUCAAUGCAAAAUUGAUGCAAUGUCUCACACGUUUUUGCAAGAUAUCAUUUCGAGCAAGUUUUAUUCAUUUAAUGAAUGCGUCAGAUCAGUCGUAUAAUGUGAUAAUUCAUAAGCUGUUUUUAACAUGACAUUAAUAUGACAGUGUGAUCCUAAGCAGCUUCUAAUUUGAUAUUCAGUUUAGAUGUCAAUAACAAUCUUGUCGAGUGGUACCAACGUUACGAUUCAGUAGUGAUGUGCUGAGUAUUCACGAAGAACAGAGCCAUGACGCGACGAUGUAGACUAAUUGACGAAUACUGUUUAUAUGGGUACUUGAUACCAACAACAAUUUUAAAACUUUACAGUUUGUUUUGUAGUUCUGUACAGUAACGUAUAUAGUAUAUGUAUAACACAUUCAACAAUUAAUUAAAUAUACAAUUGUUUUGUAGUACAAUUAUCUCGAGUUUGCAUGCACGAUCUUAAGGAUUUAUUAAUAACGCAUAUAUAAGGAUGAACAGAACAGAACAGAUAUUUUAUUUCAUUUGUGCGUAGUACAUCAUCAUAUACACAUAUUAUUAUAUGACAAUUUAUAACAUCUUGUACAUCAGUAUAACAUAUAAACACGAAUUAAUGGACAUUUCAAUAUAUUAUAACCAGCAUGUAAAGAGGGUGAUCAGUUUAUUUUUUCAUUUGUUUCGUGGCUUCGUACUGACCCUAACGUGUGUGAUGAAUACAUAUUUACUGUUUCGUAUUAUUUUUUAUCACACCAUGCGCGGUCAUAACGAAGUCGUGAAACGAUUUUUUAACCGAACACCAUGCCUACCACCCCAGCAUAACGGUAAGAAAUUACAUGAUUGAACUUAGAUGCAUUGUAUUUAAUUAUGUUACUUUUUUUAUUGUGUGUUGAUUUGAUAUGUGAUAUGUUAGAUAUGAUAUGAUAUGAUAUGAUAUGACAUUAUAUGAUAUGAUAUGGUAUGAUACGAUACGGUAUGAUAUGAUAUUAUACGAUAUGAUACGAUACGAUAUGAUAUGAUAUUGUAUUAUAUUAUAUGAUGGCACGACACGAUAUGCUACGAUAUGAAUUUAUAUGAUAUGAUAUAAUGAGGACAAAUACACAAUCUUUACGUAAAUUGGCUAAGACAAUGAAAUACGAGAAUUAUUUACCUAGGAAGUUAUGCUGAGUUAAUCCAUCACAGUAUUGCCUAUGUUUUUUUGUAAGAUGAAAUUCGAAUGCAUUUUCAUGUUUCCAUGCUUUUAUGUUACUUAUGUCAGUUGGGGAUAUUAAGUCUUUCUAAUACUAGUUAUUAAGAUCAGCAUUAUGUUAGUAAAUGUGUGUUUUAAGUACCGCUUAGUGUAUUCAUAUAUUACUAAACAAUUUGCAUGUGUGUGAAUAAACCAGUAUUUUUUUACAUUAUGAAAGUAUAAAAAGAGUUCUUUCCACAUACAUGGUCUUAUUUCAAAAUGUAAAGUUAGAAUAGUAUAAAAUACAUUUAAAUCCCAGUGUGUUGACCUAUAUAAAACCUAUAAUUAUGAAUUUAUUUAAUAAGCUACUAAAAUGGAACUCUGAAAUCCCCACAUGCCAAACAAAGUGGAAUAAAUACUUUGCAGAUGAUUCCAUACAAUGAAAACAAAUUCAUGGACAAGUGUUUAAAACACGAAUAAUAUAUAUAUAUUCAAUGGUUACAAACUAGGAUUUUGCGCAAAAUAUUGGGAACAAACUCUCUUCUUUUUUAAAUGGGCUUGUCGGAUAGUAAUAUAUGUACCUUUUGCAAAAUGUAAGAAGAAUCAUUACCUAUUUUAUCUGGGAAUGUAAGAUAGUAAAAAUACUUAUGAAAGAUAUAUCAAAUAGCUUAAAAACGCAAAUAUACAAAUAGUAAUAAACAAAAUGUUCCUUCUUGGAAAUACAAAUGAAAAUGACAACUGCUUUAUUAUUUUCAUGGAUG